UUGCUGUUCGUGAAGUGACAAGCAUUCCACCUCGGAAGCAGGCAGAGAAUUGCAAGCUGCGUUCAGCUCACAGAGCUGGGCAGCUUAACUGAGUUCUACUUUAAAAUGUAUCUCUUGCUGGAUCACUGUACGGUCACUGGAAAUGAUUAAUUGAUAAUGAAGUGGUUGAUGUUGAAGCAUUUAUUUGGAAGAGACAGUGCCACAAGCUGUUACUUGCAGUGAAACUGAAUGGUAUUAAAGCUGAGGAGUGCACUACACCUGAAUCAUUUAGGCAUUUGUGGGAUGCUGAAGGACCAAUUGCUUCAUAUCUAAUUGCUCACUUCAAGGGAUCAUAUAACUUCUAGCAUGAGAUACUCACUCGGGCCAUCCAUCCUACAGCCAGUUCAAUAAAGACACAGUAUAAGACAGUGUUGUGAUGCAAAGUUGUGACAAACCACUUUUCAGGCAAACAACGCACUAGACUGACUUGUAGGGCUGGGAAAGCAAUAACACCAACCUGUGUUUGAUCACUGGUCAGUGACAACGCUAGUCAUGCAAUAAUUUGGUGAAGAAAGUGUCUACCCUGCUCCAUAUGAUGGCUGUCAAAGUUUGAAGAUUAAGAUUAGCCAUAAGGAAUUGGGGAAGAUUUAUACAGACAGGGAAGUUGGAGAUCGUGGCAUUAUGCUAGCAUCACUGUACUUGUUAUCCAGAAGGUUCACUAUGGCAAAUGGGGAAAUUUGAAUUCCACAUAAUAAACAAUACUGGUCCAUUGGAAUUGUGAAGCUUAGCCUGGAAGCGGUACCCAAUAGGAGGAAAGUUAAGACCAAAUAUCAUGUGGCUUGGAAACAAAGAAGAGUGCAUACAGAAAUGACAGACGCAUGUAGAGGCACAGAAGGAUAAAGGCAAUCAGAUGCAGACAGAAAAGGUUGAUAUAUAUUUGAACACACAUUAAAGCUAUGGAGAAACAAACCACAUAGCCCUCUCGAAGAAUCAAAAUUAUGGAGAAUGUUUCAUUAUGCAGAUCAAGGCAACUUUCCAAAUUGCACUUCAUCUUCUGUUGCUGCUUACAUCAUUUCAUCUGAAAGUAUUGACUGGCAUUUAAGUGAUAUCACUGCACUCCUGACCUUAUUGCUAACAGAGCACAUUUUCUACACAUGGCCUGCUUACUGGUGGGGGCUCUCCUUUUGGUAGCCCAAAUAGAUAGGGUGCAUUCAGGAAGUUCUCAGCAGAGGGAAGGAACACUGCUUCAGUCAUUAAGAUACCACGGUGGAUCAGAAGGCAAUGAAACAGAACUUAUCUCGCCACAGUCACAGUCUUCCAUUACCAGCCAAAUGAUUCCACAGACCAUCAUUAUUGGUGUGCGAAAGGGAGGUACAAGGGCUCUGUUAGAGAUGUUGGACAUUCAUCCUGAUAUUGUGGUUGCUGCCACUGAAGUCCACUUCUUUGACUGGGAUGAGAAUUAUGUUAAAGGCUUAGAAUGGUACAGAAAGCUGAUGCCUUUCUCUUAUCCACACCAGACUACUAUUGAGAAAACUCCAGGCUAUUUCACUUCCAUGAAGGCUCCAGGAAGGAUCCAUGAUAUGAACAGUUCAACCAAGUUACUGUUAAUUCUGAGAGACCCUACGGAGAGAGUGAUAUCAGACUACACCCAGGUGUACUACAAUCGACUGGAAAACCACAAACCUGUCCAACCUAUUGAAGAAAUGGUCAUCAAAAAUGGAGUAUUAAAUACUAAAUACAAAGCCAUUCAGAGAAGUCUGUAUGACAUUCAUAUGAGUAACUGGCUAAGAUACUUUCCACUGCACCAAAUACAUAUAGUUGAUGGUGGUACUCUUAUCAGAAACCCUCUGAAAGAAUUACAGAAAGUGGAAACUUUUCUUAACAUUCCUGCUAGGAUAAUGACCUCAAAUUUCUACUUUAAUCAAACCAAGGGUUUCUAUUGUCUUCGAAGUGAUGGUAAAGAAAGAUGUUUACAUGAAUCUAAGGGCCGCCCCCAUCCAGUUGUGAAUAGUACUGUACUGAAGGAGCUACACUCUUACUUCAGAGAACACAAUGAAAGAUUUUUCAGCAUGGUCAAACAGUCAUUUAACUGGCAUUGAAGCUUUCAGGAAAUUUUUGAGUGUUUCCUUUAACACUAGCUGAGUUAAUCACUCAAAAUUGUUUUGUAAAGUUAUCCUUCUUAAUUCGCAAUCCAAGUAAAGCAGGAUAUAUUCGCUGAUGGAUUGCCUUUGUAGAAGGAAUUUGGAGCAGCACAACUCCUCAUUGUUCUGGAAACCUUUUACAGACAAUUAAAUCAUCAGCAAUGUAUGGUUGGAGACAGCAAACCUAUCAUUGUUAAUUUAAAGAAAACAAAUAGAAUUGUGUUCAGUGAUGAUUUGUUCCUUGAUUAUAGUAGGAAAGUAUAAUAAACAACAUAUUUCAAGUGUAGUGACACUUCUGGUCUGUUCACUUGAUAUGAAUUUAGAUGAGAAGUAUUGACGUUUGUCAAUUACUCUUUGUUUAAUUGGCUAGUAGCUGUUUUUGUCCUGCUAAUUGUUGCUUGCCUGACCAGAUUAUCUAAAGCCACAUAACUAUCUUAACUAAAAUGUGUAAACAGCUAUUACCAACCUUCUCAAAUAAAUACAUUUUGCAUGCUUGAAACUGCAUGUGAUUAUUUCUAAUUAAAUAUUGCAAUGUAAUAUUUCAGGACAGAAAGUGACAAAUGUUCCUAUAUUCAAAACAGUAAUCUAUUGUAAACUGUUAGAUAAAGACAUUGAUCUAUGUGCUCUUAUUACUCAUAUUUGCUUUUAAGGAACAUAAAGAUACAAUGUUUACC